GAUGAAGAGAAUAACCCCCUGGAGACAGAGUUUGGCCUCUCGGUCUACAAGGACCAUCAGACCAUCACCAUACAGGAGAUGCCCGAGAAGGCACCAGCAGGGCAGCUGCCACGCUCAGUGGACGUCAUUCUGGAUGAUGAUCUGGUGGACAAGGUGAAGCCUGGGGACCGCAUCCAGGUGGUGGGGACGUACCGCUGCCUGCCAGGAAAGAAGGGGGGUUACACUUCAGGGACUUUCAGGACUAUCCUCAUUGCCUGCCAUGUGAAGCAGAUGAGCAAAGAUGUCCGGCCCCUUUACUCUGCUGCUGAUGUGGCCAAGAUCAAGAGAUUCAGCAAGAGUCGCUCCAAGGAUAUCUUUGACCAGCUGGCGAGAUCCCUGGCUCCCAGCAUCCAUGGGCAUGAGUACAUCAAGAAGGCCCUUCUCUGCAUGCUGCUCGGAGGGGUGGAGAAAGUCCUGGAGAAUGGGAGCCGCAUCCGAGGAGACAUCAACAUCUUACUGAUAGGAGACCCUUCUGUUGCCAAAUCUCAGCUGCUGCGGUAUGUGCUUAGCACUGCGCCCCGUGCCAUCCCCACCACCGGCAGAGGCUCCUCUGGUGUUGGCCUGACUGCUGCUGUCACCACAGACCAAGAAACUGGUGAACGGCGCCUGGAAGCAGGGGCCAUGGUGUUGGCUGACCGGGGAGUGGUGUGCAUUGAUGAGUUCGACAAGAUGUCUGACAUUGACCGCACGGCCAUCCACGAGGUGAUGGAGCAGGGCCGCGUCACCAUCGCCAAGGCCGGCAUCCAUGCCCGCCUCAACUCCCGCUGCAGUGUCCUGGCAGCAGCCAACCCUGUCUACGGCCGGUACGACCAGUACAAGACACCCAUGGAGAACAUUGGCCUGCAGGACUCCUUGCUGUCUCGCUUUGACCUGCUCUUCAUCGUGCUGGACCAGAUGGAUCCUGAGCAGGACAGGGAGAUCUCAGACCAUGUCCUGCGGAUGCACCGCUACCGCAACCCCAACGAGCAGGAUGGGGAUGCCAUGCCCCUGGGCAGUGCCGUGGAGAUUCUGGCUACAGAGGACCCUGACUUUGUGCAGGAGGAGGAACAGGAGCUCCAAGUGUAUGAGAAACACGAUGACCUCCUGCAUGGGCCCAACCGUCGCAAGGAGAAGACUGUCAGCAUGGAGUUCAUGAGGAAGUACAUCCACGUAGCAAAGAUGAUUAAGCCUGUCUUGACCCAGGAGUCAGCGAGCUACAUAGCGGAGGAGUACUCCCGCCUGCGCAGCCAGAGCCAGAUGAACUCGGACAUUGCCAGGACCUCCCCAGUCACAGCCCGUACGCUAGAGACCCUGAUCCGCCUCUCCACGGCCCAUGCCAAGGCCAGGAUGAACAAGACCGUUGAUCUGCAGGAUGCCGAGGCAGCUUUGGAGCUGGUGCAGUUCGCCUACUUCAAAAAGGUUCUGGAGAAGGAGAAGAAGCGCAGAAAGCAGGCGGAGGACGACUCGGAGACUGAGAAGGAGGAGGAUGAGGAGUCACAGCCCAAGGAGGACCGCAGGACGAGGAGGAGAAAGAAGGCACGAACAGGAGGCGAGGGGGACUCCUACGACCCGUACGACUUCAGUGACGCCGAGGAGGAGAUGCCGGAGGUCCAGGCACACACUCCAAAGACGCCCGAAGUCUCAGCUGCUGGCGAAGCGAAGAAACCAGAGGUGUCUGAGCCGAGGUUGAAAGCAUUCAAGGCUGCCCUCCUGGAGGUCUUCAAAGCUUCCCACGCCCAGUCCGUGGGUCUGAAGAACGUGAUGGAGUCCAUCAACCGUGACAACCCUGAGCCCUUCUCACUGGCUGAAGUGAAGGUGGCAUUGGCCCUCAUGCAAGAUGACAACCAGAUCAUGGUGUCUGAUGACAUUAUCUUCUUAAUCUGA